CAUGGCGGCGGGGGCGGGCGGCGCGGGCCUGGGGCGGGCGGCGCUGGCGGCGCCGCUGGUGCUGCUCUACUACGGCUUCUCCAUCGGCAUCACCUUCUACAACAAGUGGCUGAUGAAGAGCUUCCCGUUCCCGCUGCUGGUCACGCUGCUGCACCUGCUGCUCAUCUUCGCUCUGGCGGCGCUCGCCCGCGCCCUGGAGCGCUGCCGCUCCGGGCGGCCGCGGGCAGCGCUGUCCUGGGCCGACUGCCUCCGCCGGGCCGCCCCCGCAGCUCUGUCAACUUCCUUGGAUAUUGGGCUGAGUAACUGGAGCUUCCUGUAUGUCACUGUCUCCCUCUACACGAUGACCAAAUCCUCUGCCAUUCUCUUCAUCCUGCUUUUUUCACUGCUCUUCAAGCUGGAGGAAAUGAGGGUGACGUUGCUGCUGGUGGUUCUGCUCAUUGCUGGGGGACUGUUCAUGUUCACCUACAAGUCCACACAGUUCAACGCACAGGGCUUUGUGCUGGUGCUCUGUGCCUCUUUCCUGGGGGGCAUUCGCUGGACUCUCACACAGAUCCUGAUGCAGAAGGCUGAACUGGGGCUCCAGAAUCCCAUUGAUAUCAUGUUUCACCUGCAGCCGCUCAUGUUCCUGGGGCUCCUCCCACUCUUUGCGGUGUUUGAGGGCCUUCCUUUGUCCAUAUCAGAGAAGCUCUUCCAUUUCCAUGAAGCAGGAAUGCUGUUCUCUCUGGUAGGGAAGCUGUUCUUGGGUGGAAUUCUUGCCUUUGGUCUAGGCUUUUCUGAGUUCCUCUUGGUUUCCAGAACAUCUAGCCUCACCCUUUCCAUUGCUGGCAUUUUUAAGGAAAUCUGCAUUUUAUUCCUGGCCACACAUUUACUGGGAGACCGCCUCAGUCUCUUGAACUGGCUGGGCUUUGCUGUCUGCCUGUUGGGAAUCUCCCUCCAUGUUGUUCUCAAAGCCAUGAAUUCCAAAGGUGACAAAGCACUGGAGCCACACAAAGAGGCCAGCUCUGACCCUGACCUGCAGCUGCUGCUGCUCCACUCCGAGCAGGCUGAGGAAGAGGAGGAGGUUGUUGAAACCCCACAGCAGCACUGACUGAACAUGAAGCACAAAGCCACCUGCUCUGUUCUUACCUAACUGCCUGACAGCUAUCCAGGAGGAAGAUCCAAAAGUCUCUGUGGCCACCCAAAGCAGAGCCAGGGCCUGGUGAGAGAAUUCUGCUGUUCUGCUACAGUGUGGAUCUGUAGAUGCUGCGCAAGAAAAGCCAACAUCCCUUUCACAGGAACUUGGAAGACAAGCCCUGAUUCAGUGGGUGUAGAAUGGUGAGGUGAGACAGGGAAAAGCUGUAAAAAGUCCAUCAGGGGAUCCUGAAGGCUGUUUACUGAGAAUGUAGACCAUGAGCUGUAGAAUGAACAUGGACGUGUCUGGACUGCAGGCUGAGUGGUUCUGGGAUCAUUUUACUGCUGUUUAGGUUUUGACUUCAAAGGAGAAGGUAGAUGCACCUUCCCUUUUUUUUUGUGUUUCUGCAAAUUAGGAACUCCCAUCCUGGUGGGAUCACAUGACUGAAUAAAUCCCUGGAGUUGUCCCAGCAAGGACCUUUUGUGCCUGGGGACCUCCAUGUUCUGUGUGCAUAGUAGAGAGAGAAUUAAAUGCUGGUAUUUGGGACCAGUUGAAAAUGAUGAACAUUUCCAGGUGAUGCAGAUUGGAGUGACGACAGAGAUGCAAGAGUACUUCUGGUGCUACAGGCCAAGAGGAGAAUGAGCAGUGUCAUAGGAGACCUAACUUGAGCAAUAAGCUUAUCAGAAAGUAUGUGUGGUUUUGA